AUGUUUCAAUCACCACCAUUCUCUACCGGCAACAAUUCUCAAUAUACCCGACCGUUUAUGUUUCAACCACCACCAACCAUCGAUGUUGUAGAGUCUCCUAACGUUGAAUCAGAAUCACCAAUUGGGUCCACUACAGAUUCGCAAGUUCCAGGCAACUCCACUCAGGAUGGUCUAGAAAAUAUUACUUUUACGGGAGAAGGAGAACGUUCAACAAAAAAAAACAGAAUAUCAGGUUCUUAG